AUGGCUGGAAAUACUACAGAAGAAGUAGAGGGGUCUACUACCACUGAAACGAAGACCAACAGUAACGCGGAGGUGCCCCCUGAAUUUUUGAUCAAGCACCCGUUACAAAACCAGUGGAGUCUCUGGUUUUACGACAAUGACCGAAACAAAACAUGGGAGGAGAAUCUUAUUGAGUUGACUACAUUCGAUACAGUUGAAGACUUUUGGAGAUUGUACCAUCAUAUUAAGCUACCGUCAGAACUUCGCCAAGGUCAUGACUAUGCAGUAUUCAAGCAAGGGAUUCGUCCUAUGUGGGAAGACGAUGCUAACAAGAUGGGAGGAAGAUGGCUUAUCAGUCUUGAGAAAAAACAACGCUUUACUGAUUUAGAUAGGUUCUGGUUGGAUGUGGUUCUUCUUUUAAUUGGUGAAAAUUUCGAGAAUUCAGAUGAGAUUUGUGGUGCUGUUGUUAAUGUCAGACCAAAAGUAGAUAAAAUUGCUAUUUGGACAGCUGAUGCAAUGAAGCAGCAUGCGACUAUUGAAAUUGGGAAAAAACUGAAAGAACAGCUAGGGAUACACGGCAAGAUUGGUUUCCAAGUACACAGAGACACGAUGGUUAAGCAUAGUUCUGCGACCAAGAAUCUAUACACUGUUUAGUUUUGGCAUUACAUAUCUUGUUUGUAUCUGCAGAUUUAUGGGACGGACUGUAUUUAAUUGAAGUAGUUUAACUUAAUGGAAUAAAAUAUAUUCAGUACAUCCCAUAAACUGAAUUUAC